UAUUGAGGUUACAUAAUUGAUUAAAGCCAAAAAAAAAGUUUGAGAGUGCUUUCUGGGUUGGUAAGUACUAAGGAAAGGAAAUACCGACCACCAUUUCACGGUGACCACGGUGGUGUUAGUGGCGUCGACGGUGAUGUUCUGAUGGGGUUUCACACUCACACCCAUCAUCCUCUCUUCCUCUCUCUGCUUCUCUUCAUCGCCGCCGUCAAUGUCAACGCUUCCAUCCACUACUACUCCAACGAGCCAUUCACUCACCGCUCCAACGCCUUCUUCUUCCACGGCGGCAGCGAAGCCCUCGUCGCCUCUUCUUCCUCCCACAAAUCCUUCAUCAGGUUCGAAACCGUGACAUUCACUCGCCCACAGGAAUCUGCAACCAACCAUGGCUCGAUGCAGCAGAACACUGGUUUGGUAGAAGCCAUAGUUCUCGAUGUCAAAGACCGUGACAGGAUCGGUGGGUCGUAUCUCAAAUCCGAUUUGCUCUGCUGCAACCCUGAACUCUCCAAGGAUCAGAACUGCAACCUUGGUGAGGUUAUCAUCCAGAUGAACCCUGAAAACCCUCAGUUCCCCAAACGCAUCAAGACCUACUUCCAAGGAACCAAUGAUCAAACCCACAUGGAGACACAGACGCUUGAGAUCAAUGCUACUGGUAUGUACUAUCUGUAUUUCAUGUUCUGUGAUCCUACUCUUCAAGGUACCACCAUAACUGGAAGGACUGUGUGGAGAAACCCUGGUGGGUAUCUACCUGGUAAGAUGGCACCUCUGAUGACACUGUAUGGGUUCAUGUCAUUGGCUUAUCUUUUGUUGGGUUUGGUUUGGUUUUUGAGGUUUGUUCAGUUGUGGAAGGAUAUUAUCCAUGUGCAUUAUCAUAUUACUGCUGUGAUUGGACUUGGUAUGUGUGAGAUGGCUGUGUGGUACUUUGAGUAUGCUAAUUUCAAUGCUACUGGAACUAGGCCUAUGGGGAUUACCCUCUGGGCUGUUACAUUUACCUCUGUUAAGAAGACUUUGUCGCGCCUGCUUCUGCUCGUUGUUUCUAUGGGUUAUGGGGUUGUCCGGCCGACUCUUGGCGCUAAAGGGGUUGCCUCCAGGGUCUUGCUUCUUGGGCUGCUCUAUUUUGUUGCCGCUGAGGCGCUUGAGCUCGUUGAGCAUUUGGGGAAUAUCAAUGAUUUUUCGGGGAAGACUAAGUUGCUUUUGGUGCUUCCUGUUGUUUGUCUUGACUCCUGCUUCAUUCUCUGGAUUUUCUCCUCCUUGUCUAGAACCUUGGAGAAACUACAGACAAGGAGAAACUUGGCUAAACUGGAGCUGUACCGAAAAUUUACGAAUACUCUUGCAGUGUCUGUGCUACUGUCUAUCGCGUGGAUUGGCUUUGAGCUAUACUUCAAUGCUACUGAUCCAUUAAGCGAGCUGUGGCAAAUUGCUUGGGUUAUUCCAGCUUUCUGGUCUCUGCUUUCAUAUGCUCUUUUGGUGGUGAUAUGUAUCCUUUGGGCUCCUUCUAAGAACCCUACUAGAUAUGCAUACUUAGAGGAAACAGACGACUUUGAUGAAGAGGGUAUCUCUCUGACAAGCAGCGUGGCGAAGUUGAGUGCGGAUCUGGAGAGAAAGGAAAGGAAAGGUUCUAGUGUGGCAGAUCUUGCAUUAGGAGAAGAUGUUGAGGAAGAUAAGCGAGAAUAAUGUCAAAAUGUCAAACUUGUAUACCAGUGUUUUAUAUGACUUCAUUUCUUUCAAGAGCUCUUUAGAUGUUCAUAUAUACAAAUUAGUCUUGUAUGCGGUAGAAUGGGGAAACAAGGAGGCAGGAUCUUCAGAUCAAAAUCAUAAUUGCAAAUGGUACUUAUCAUAUGUGAACAGUUCUUCAUAACAGAUUGUGUGGUAAGAUAAAAUGAUUCCCCAGUUUAGUUUCAGA